AUGUCCUUUAUUCUUCAUUCUACACGUUCGUUCGACCAUGCGAUCGAUUUAUCCUCGUCAAUCAGUAAAUCAUUGCAAGCAAAAUAUCAGCUUACGACAUCCAGUUCUACCCGUACACCUCGUUCAUCCGGCAAAAAUAGUACUGUGGAUAAACCGUGCACAAUUGCAAGUAUAAUAGAAGGCCGUGGCACUUCAAAAGGUCAUAUUGGUCUCGCCCUAAUGAACUUACGUCAAGCAGACGUUGAACUGAACGAAUUCAUCGACUCAUCCACAUAUUCGCGUUUGAAAAUGAAGCUACUGAUCGCCGAACCUGUCGAGGUGAUUGUGGCGGAAAACUAUUUGGAAAAGCCGUCAAACGCAGCGAUGGUGGAAAUGAUUCGAUCAUCGCUACCAGAUGCUACAAUAACAAAAGUUCACAGAAGAGAGUUUUGCAUGCAAAGUUGCUGUGCACUGAUCAAGUACGUCGAACAAAUUCAGAAUAUUGUGUUCGCUUCGAAAGCUCUCCGCUUUUUAUACAAGGACGUUGAAAAAAUGUGCCUAUUGGGGAAGUUGUUUGGAGUUUUUUCCAUAUUGACUUCCUCACUUCCGAAUUUGUUUAAUACUUCAGAUGUAGGAUCAUGGAGCAAUCUCGAAGUGCUUAACACCGAUCCGAAGAAGGUAGCUCGCAGUUCACUACUUGCGAUUGUUGAUGAGACUUUGACAUCUGGAGGUUCUCGCCUACUUCGUUCCAACCUUCUCCAACCUUCAGCCGACCAAGAUGUUAUUGAACAGAGACUAGAUGCUGUUGAGGAGUUGGUUAACAAUCCCCAUGUAGUAGAAAAAUUACGGCAAUUGCUGGACAACACGUACUAUCUAGAUCAUUUUUUUAAUGUAUUCGUAGAAUCACCUCAUGAGCGUACUUUACGAACAGCCGAUUUUCAUGUCACCCAGCUUCUGAACGACGAACGAAUUGAUACGAUUGAAGAGUUGUUAGACAAACAGUUUCAUUCCGAUGGCUUCGUUAGCAGGAAGAAAAGUUCAAUUAAUCUCAGACAUCAACGGUGUUACGCUAUUAAGGAAGGAGUAUCUGUGAAUCUUGACAUUGCUAGACGAGCAUAUGAGGAACUCCUGCGAGAUAUCGAAGCUCAAGGUAUUUUCGACGCAAUUCUUUUGUUAUGUUUUUGCGUACGAAUCGCAUUAAUCCAAAGUGUUAUGCAAGGAAACUAUUUGAAAUCCUCAGAAACUUCAGAGGAGGAACUUUCGACACAUUUCCCCGGGGAGAACACUCGUAUGGCGUUUUCAACUUCACGAGGAUUUCACUACGUAUGGGUGUGUAGAGAUGCAGGCAGUGUUGUGUUACCACCGGUAUUCAUCAAUGUUGUGCGUAAUCGAUCGUCUAUCACUUUCACAUCUAGAAAUUUGGUCCGCUACAAUGAUAGGAUCGAGCAAUCACUUUCAGAAGUAAUGAUCGCUACUGAUCUUGUCAUUCAGCACAUAAUUAAAGAGACUGGGAAAUCCACAUAUUUAAAACAGGUGUGCCAGCUGUGUAUUUUGGCGCAGAGCGGAUGCUUUAUACCUGCAAAGGUAGCAAUUCUACCCGUGUUUCAACGGAUCUUCUCUCGAGUAGGUCAUAACGACAGUUUGAUGAGGAAUCUUUCGGCCUUUGCUUUAGAAAUGGACGAAAUCGCGUGUAUUCUUCAAUAUUCAAACGACCGCACGCUUGUUGUGAUUGACGAAUUGGCACGAAGCACUUCGACAGAGGAAGGCAUUGGAAUUUCGUUUGCGAUCAUCGAAAAACUUCUCAAACAGAAGGUUCUUUUCUCGACAUUCUUUUACCACUUCCCGCCUCAAGUGGUCUAUGUGAACGGCCAAGAGCAAUUCUGUCCUACACAUCGGCUCCAUAAGGGUGCUUACAACGGGCCACUGUAUGGUUUCGAGCUAGUGGAAUUAUCAACAUUCCCGAGAGAAGUAAUCGAAUCUGCGCGUACGUUGGCACAUCGUCUUCAUAAGGAAUCUGCUGAUAAAAGUUGUUCUGCUGAUCCAGCGCUGUCGUUGUUUCCAGCCUCUUCUCGCGGUGUUGAGUUUCCGUCUGAUCUGGAGUAUAUGCCGUCUGUUUCUUCCUCCAUUCUAAAUGCCGGCAUAGGAAUCUAUACAGUACAAAUGACCACUUCAGCUAUGGAAAUACCCGAUUUGAAUGAAAUCACACAUUUUGGCGAGCUUAUUGGAACUUUGGAAUUCGAGACUUGUAAAGAAUGCGAAAUUAACAGUGGAAUACAGGGAACUCACAAAUUGUACCAUGUGUCAGCCAUGUUCGGUCGACAAUGA